CCCCUCCACAGCGACGGCGGCGGCCGCGGCGGCUGAGUCGGUGGUGGCGGCAGUGGUGGCGGCUGCGGGCUGAGCGGCGAGGUUCCGAUUUAAAGCUGAGCUGCGAGGAAAAUGGCGGCGGGCGGAUCAAAAUACUUGCUGAACAGUGGAGUCACAGACCAAUAAAAAUAAGCUCCUACUUGAACGUCAUUUGACUGGUUAGCCAGUUUGCUGGCAUUAUAAACUAAAGAAGACUGAGGAGAAGAAUGACCAGGACCUAAGGAUAAUCCAUUUUUGGCAUAAGUCUGCACCAAGUUGCUGAUGUAUAGUCACGAUGAGCGGAUUAGGAGAAAACUCCUUGGAUCCACUGGCCCCUGAUUCCCGAAAACGCAAAUUGCCAUGUGAUACUCCAGGACAAGGUUUUACCUGCAGUGGUGAAAAGUGGAGACGGGAGCAGGAGAGUAAAUAUAUUGAAGAAUUGGCUGAACUGAUAUCUGCUAAUCUUAGUGAUAUUGACAAUUUCAAUGUCAAACCAGAUAAAUGUGCAAUUCUAAAGGAAACAGUAAGACAGAUACGUCAAAUAAAAGAGCAAGGAAAAACUAUUUCUAAUGAUGAUGAUGUUCAGAAAGCUGAUGUGUCGUCUACAGGACAGGGAGUUAUUGAUAAAGACUCCUUAGGGCCACUUUUACUUCAGGCAUUGGAUGGUUUCCUGUUUGUGGUGAAUCGUGAUGGAAACAUUGUAUUUGUGUCAGAAAAUGUCACACAGUAUCUGCAAUAUAAGCAAGAGGACCUGGUUAACACAAGUGUCUACAAUAUCUUGCAUGAAGAAGACAGAAAGGAUUUCCUUAAAAACUUACCAAAAUCUACAGUUAAUGGAGUUUCCUGGACAAAUGAGACCCAGAGACAAAAAAGCCAUACAUUUAAUUGCCGUAUGCUGAUGAAAACACCGCAUGAUAUUCUGGAAGACAUAAACACUGGUCCUGAAAUGCGCCAGAGAUACGAAACAAUGCAGUGCUUUGCCCUGUCUCAGCCUCGAGCCAUGAUGGAGGAAGGGGAAGAUUUGCAAUCCUGUAUGAUCUGUGUAGCACGCCGCAUUACUACAGGAGAAAGAGCAUUUCCCUCAAACCCUGAGAGCUUUAUUACUAGACAUGAUCUUUCAGGAAAAGUUGUCAAUAUAGAUACAAAUUCACUGAGAUCCUCCAUGAGACCUGGCUUUGAAGAUAUAAUCCGAAGGUGUAUCCAGAGAUUUUUUAGUCUUAAUGAUGGUCAGUCAUGGUCCCAGAAACGUCACUAUCAAGAAGCUUAUAUCCAUGGCCAUGCAGAAACCCCGGUGUAUCGAUUCUCAUUGGCUGAUGGAACCAUAGUGACAGCACAAACCAAAAGCAAACUCUUCCGAAAUCCUGUCACAAAUGAUCGGCAUGGCUUUGUCUCAACCCACUUUCUUCAGAGGGAACAGAAUGGGUAUAGAGCAAACACGAAUCCUGUUGGACCAGGCAUUAGACCUCCAGCAGCCGGAUGUAACAGUUCGGUAGGCGGCAUGAGUAUGUCGCCAAACCACGGUUUACAGAUGCUGAGCAACAGGACCUAUGGCCUGGCUGACCCCAGCACCACAGGGCAGAUGAGCGGGGCUAGGUAUGGGGCCUCCAAUCCCAUAGCUUCAAUGAACCCUGGGCCAGGCAUGCAGUCACCAUCUUCCUACCAGAACAGCAACUAUGGUCUCAACAUGAGUAGCCCCCCACAUGGGAGCCCUGGCCUUGGCUCCAGUCAGCAGAACAUCAUGAUUUCUCCUCGUAACCGUGGGAGUCCAAAGAUGGCCUCACAUCAGUUUUCUCCUGUUGCAGGUGUGCACUCUCCCAUGGGAUCUUCUGGUAAUACUGGGAGCCACAGCUUUUCUAGCAGCUCUCUGAGUGCACUUCAAGCUAUCAGUGAGGGUGUGGGGACUUCUCUUUUAUCCACUCUGUCUUCACCAGGCCCCAAAUUGGAUAACUCUCCCAAUAUGAAUAUGAGCCAGCCAAAUAAAGUGAACAGUCAGGAUUCCAAGAGUCCCCUGGGCUUGUAUUGUGACCAGAAUCCAGUGGAGAGUUCAAUGUGUCAGUCAAAUAGCAGGGAUCACCUCAGUGACAAAGAAAGUAAAGAGAGCACUGUUGAAGGGUCAGAGAAUCAGAGGGGUUCUCUAGAAAGCAAGGGUCAUAAAAAAUUACUGCAGUUACUUACCUGUUCUUCUGAUGACCGGGGCCAUUCCUCCUUGACCAACUCCCCCCUGGAUUCAAGUUGUAAAGACUCUUCCAUUAGUGUCACCAGCCCGUCUGGGGUCUCUUCUUCCACCUCCGGAGGAGUGUCCUCCACAUCGAAUAUGCAUGGGUCACUGCUGCAGGAGAAGCACCGGAUUCUGCACAAGUUGCUGCAGAAUGGGAAUUCACCUGCAGAAGUAGCCAAGAUUACUGCAGAAGCCACUGGGAAAGACACCAGCAGUACGGCGUCUUGUGUGGAAGGAAAUGUCAAGCAGGAGCAACUAAGUCCUAAGAAGAAGGAAAAUAAUGCACUUCUUAGAUAUCUGCUAGACAGGGAUGAUCCUAGUGAUACACUCUCUAAAGAACUGCAGCCCAAAGUGGAAGGAGGGGACAGUAAAAUGAGUCAGUGUGGCAGCUCCACCAUUCCUAGUUCAAGUCAAGAGAAGGACUCUAAAAUUAAGACAGAAACAAAUGAAGAGGGAUCUGGAGACUUGGAUAAUCUAGAUGCUAUUCUUGGUGAUCUGACUAGUUCUGACUUUUACAAUAAUUCCAUAUCCACAAAUGGUAGUAAUCUGGGAACCAAGCAACAAAUGUUUCAAGGAACUAAUUCUCUGGGUUUGAGGAGUCCACAGUCUGUGCAGGGCAUUCGUCCCCCAUAUAGCCGAGCAGUGUCUCUAGAUAGCCCUGUUUCUGUUGGCUCAGGUCCUCCAGUAAAGAAUAUCAGUGCUUUCCCCAUGUUACCAAAGCAGCCCAUGUUGGGUGGGAAUCCAAGAAUGAUGGAUAGUCAGGAAAAUUAUGGCUCAACUAUGGGUGGACCAAACAGAAAUGUGACUGUGAAUCAGACUCCUUCCUCAGGAGACUGGGGCUUAUCAAACUCAAAGACCAGUAGAAUGGAACCUAUGAGUGCCAACUCCAUGGGAAGACCAGGAGCAGAUUAUAAUGCUUCUUUACCCAGACCUGCAGUGGGCAGCUCUAUGCCCACCUUGCCGCUGCGGGUCGGUAGCAUCCCAGGGGCGAGACCAGUGUUGCAGCAGCAGCAGCAGAUGCUUCAAAUGCGGCCUGGUGAGAUUCCCAUGGGAAUGGGAGUCAGUCCAUAUGGCCAGGCAGCGCCAUCUAACCAACCGGGUUCCUGGCCAGAUGGCAUGUUGUCCAUGGAACAGGGCCCUCAUGGGACUCAAAAUAGGCCACUUCUUAGGAAUUCCCUGGAUGAUCUCCUUGGGCCACCUUCUAACCUAGAAGGGCAGAGUGAUGAAAGAGCAUUGUUGGACCAGCUGCACACUCUCUUGAGCAACACAGAUGCCACAGGCUUGGAAGAAAUUGACAGAGCUCUGGGCAUCCCUGAACUUGUAAAUCAAGUAGGUGGCACUAACACGGAAAUGGAGGUGUAUAUGUGCACGCUCUCAAAUGAGCAUGUGUGUGCGCACAUCCAUGAAGCCACUCACGUGAAUGCCUGUCUGGGAAUCUUUCUUGUUAACUUGAGUUACAUCACUACAUUCAUGGAGGCCAGUAUUAAAUUUAGAAAUCAUAUUGCCAGCAGCCUACUGUUUUGUAAAGCUGUCCAAUUUUAGGCAGCUAUAGAAAUGAUCCAAUAAAAUUUCUAUGCGGUUUUAUUUAUUUAUUUAUUUA